CUCCCAGCCUCCUCCGUCCCUUCUUCCCGCACCUCAACUCCUCCUCCUCCUCUUCAUUCAAUUACAGCAGCUGCAAUGACUAAAUACCCAGAAGGCUUCUCGGACCCAAAGAUAGAGGCGUUCCUUACUGGCUUUUAUAAGCUCAGUGAUACGGUCGGCGAGGAUGCUGCCUACGUUGCUAAAUACUCUGCCGACGCAAAACUGAUCAUGGGCCUCAAAGUCGCCGAGGGCUCUGAGCAAAUCGCAGAGCUCCGAAAAGGCAUGUGGGGAGCCGUCGUCGGCCGCCACCACGUCCUCCUGCAAGUAUUCCCCUUCCAGCCCGCCAAGUCGCGAACCGGCGAGUUCGCCCUCGUCGGCACCGUCGACUACACUCUGCACAACGGCAAGAAAGUGCUGGUCGAGUGGGGCGCGAAGAUGGUCGUUGACCGCGGGUCGGCCGAGUCUGAUGAUGUUAAAAUCACGUUUUAUCAGGUUUAUGUUGAUUCUACGCCUGUUGCAAAGGCGUUGAGUUCGUGAGUGUGUAAAUGUGUAUACAAAUAAUACAAAUAGAUUAUUAUACAAGUAUAUAUACAGAUGAAGUAAUGGGG